UAAUUAAGCAUGAUAGAAGGAUAUUUAUUUUUUCAACAUUAUUUUCUAAGGCAAUGUUCACUCCUAACGAAUAGCGCUUAAUUUGAUCUUUACAUGAAUUUACCACAAAUCCGUAAAAAUUGGCAUCAUCCUAAAACUUGGUGGAGAAAUGAGCAAUCUAGUUUUUCGUUAUGGUAUGAGAAGAAAUUUAUCACUUCCCUUCCAAAUUGUCACCAAGACAAAGAGGACAUUUAAAGAGCAUAGAUUCAUUGAUAUCUUAGCUUCAAAGCCAAAUGUUACCAAGAAACACCAAAAUUGUCUUCAACUCAUUGAGGACUUUAUUCAAACAGAUUGUAAACAAAAUUAUAAACACCCAUUGGACAAAAAACUAUCUUUUUCUGAACAAAAUUAUAGACACCCAUUGAAUAAAAAACUGUCAUUUUUGAAUUCAAAUGAAGAUUCAAUUUCAUUGCUUUUUAGGCUUCAUACAGAAGGAUCUAAAAUUGGGGUUAGUUUAGUAUCAAAUGCUAUGAGUUUAUGUGCAUCAAGAAAAGAUUUUAGUAUAGGGAUUCAAGUUCAUUGCUUAGUGAUUGUUAAUGGGUUUUUAUCCAAUGUUUAUGUUGGUAGUUCUUUGAUAUCUUUGUAUAGUAGUUUUGGAGAAGUGGUGGAUGCUUACCAAGUGUUUGAUGAAAUGUCUGUGAGAAAUGUUGUGUCUUGGAGUGCUAUGUUAAAUGGUUUUGCACAAGAGAAUGAGUUGGAUAUGUGUUUGAAACUGUAUAAGGGUAUGAAGGGAUUGGGGUUGAAACCUAACGAAUUCACGUUUUCGAGCUUGUUGAGCGCGUGUAUGGGUAACGGGUGUUUUGGUCAUGGUAGGAGUAUUCACUGCCAAAUAAUUUGUACGGGUUUUGAUUCGUAUUUACACGUUCUGAAUGCCGUUUUGUCGAUGUAUUGUAAAUGUGGGGAAGUAAAGGAUGCUCUUCGCGUUUUUGAAAAUGCGAAGAGUAAAGAUUUGGUGUCGUGGAACUCGAUGAUUUGCGGAUAUGGACAGCAAGGACAUGCAAUUCAAGCUAUUGAACUUUUCGAGGAAAUGAAGAAGCAAAAAGUGAGACCUGAUUCGAUCACUUUCCUUGGAGUGUUAUCUUCUUGCCGCCAUGCAGGUUUUGUUAAAGAAGGCAUGUAUUACUUUAAUUCAAUGGUGGAUUAUGGUGUGAAGCCAGAGCUAGAUCAUUAUUCAUGUAUCGUGGAUCUUCUUGGACGAGCACGUUUGUUAGAAGAGGCUCGGGAGUUUAUCAAGAAGAUGCCAAUUCAACCAAAUGGUGUUAUAUGGGGUUCCUUGCUUAUGUCGUGCAGGCUUCAGGGGAAUUUUCGGUUGGGGAUUGAGGCUGCAGAGAAUAGGCUUGCACUGGAACCGGGUUCCACGUCUACUCACUUGCAGCUGGUAAAUUUAUACGUGGGGUUAGGAUACUGGGAUCAGGCAGCUAGAGUGCAGAAGCUGAUGAAAGAGAAAGGAAUUAAAAGGGAUCCUGGUUAUAGUUGGAUCGAGAUAAGUAAUCAAGUUUUUCGGUUUACUGCUGAAGACUUAUCGAUGGGACGUAAUAAAUCAAUUGCUAAUUUGGUGGAUAUUCUGGUGGAUCACAUGAGAAGCUUUGGUGUAGAAGAAAUUGAUUUCAGUGAAUAGUAAUGUAGAGUAGAUGUGCAAUUUUGCUUUGAUAUGAGCCAAGAUUCUUCUUGACAUAUAUCAGGGAUAACCAUUUUGACUUUGGACAACAGCACGAGUGCAAAUAGAUUGUUGAGAAAAUGGACCUUGAGCUUAAUUCAACUCCAAAAGUUAGCUCAUUAGGCGAAGAUUGUGGAACAAGGUGACUGGCCCUGGUGGUAUUCAAAGUUGGAGGAAUGUCUCCGUGUGACCUAUAGGUCAGGGUUUGAGCCAUGAAAGCAGUCACUAAUGGUUGCAUUAGGGUAGGUUGUCUACUUCACACCCCUAGGGUGCAGCCCUUCCCCGGACCUUGCUAACGCGGGACGCUUUGUGCACUAGACUGCCUUAUUUUUUUUUGGGAGGAAUGUGUGAACAGAAAUGCAAAUCGGCGAGCACUAUGUUGUGGGUUUGGCAAAUCUGAUUGGCGGGCAAUGCACUUCUAGUGUUGUUUAUCCUUGUAAGGGGACUGCUACAAAUGGAUGAUAAGAAUCAUGUUCAACGAGCAGUGGCAUUUAACAUUUUUCUAAUCUAGAAAGUUAUCAAGUGAGUAUUUUGCUGAGACUAUUAGGGGAUUUCUGAGUAAUCUAUAAGGAUUUGGAUUGCUGCUAGAUAGCUUGGGCGUAAAUCAUGAAGCUUUGGCAAUUGAACAUUAGUCACCAUACUAAGAGAAAAGAGUAACAAUGGUCUUCAUCAAAAAAAAAAAAAAAAAAGAAAGA